AUGUCCCAGCCCGACUUCCUUCUCGCCAACAACGCUGCAUAUGUUGCUAAAGGCGAACUGCUUCCCAUUAGUUCUGCUCCCGGUGAUGCUCUCUUCGUGCCUAAGGGUCAAGUGCCCGCCGAGGAUGCUCCCGAACGCUAUGCUGUCGUAACUUGCAUGGACCCUCGCAUUGAUCCCAUGCGAGCACUUGGCUUUGACAAGCAGCCAGCGGCCAUCAUCCGCAAUGCGGGCGGCGUGACGUAUGUCCUUGAUGUCUCUGCAAAGCCUCAGUCCAUUCGCUCACCAAACGCUCUUAUCAGCGCCGAUGCACUCCGUACUCUCAUUGCCUGGCAGGAGCUCGUGCACGGAAAGGAGAUCGCCGUAGUUCACCACACCGAUUGCGGGAUGUUGCGCCUCUCGACGGAGGAGCUCCAUGCUGGCCCAAAGAACAUCCCGGCUGGCCUGCACCUCCAUGAGUUCCGCGACAUCGACGAGGGCGUACGUCGUGACGUGCGCUGGCUGAAGGAGCGCGUCCAGGACGGCGCUUUACUCAAAGGCACGAACAUUGUCGGCUACAUGCUCGAAAACGAGACUGGAAAGCUUCGCGUGGUCGAGUGA